CUGCUGUCCUGGGUCCUGGAGCGCUCCCGCCUGGCAGGGAUCGCUCCGGUCCCGCAGGCCCCUCCCUGACCUUCCCGGUCUCAGGGUGUGCAGGAUCGGACGCCCCAGGCUCGGUGACCGCGUUUGCACUCCUCCCCAGGCGCUGUGCUCCCGGCCAGGAGGCCGUAAGGGACCCUGGCGGGCUCAGCUCCGUGUUGUCCCGGAGCUGCGUCCCAGGAGACUCCGAGGCCGAGGGCUCUGUGCUCAUUCCUGCCUGGGUGGCUAACGCUUGUAUUCCUGCAAGAACAUGGUGCAGAAGUACCAGUCUCCUGUCCGCAUCUACAAGUACCCAUUCGAGCUGGUCAUGGCGGCCUAUGAGAAGCGCUUCCCCACCUGCCCACAGAUCCCGGUCUUCCUGGGCAGUGAGGUCCUGAGCGAGUCCCGCAGCGCAGACGGGGCUGUACACGUGGUGGAGCGGAGCUGCAGGCUGCGCGUGGAGGCCCCGCGGCUGCUGCGGAAGAUUGCCGGUGUCGAGCACGUGGUCUUCGUGCAGAGAAACGUCUUGAACUGGAAGGAGAGGACGCUCCUCAUCGAAGCGCACAACGAGACCUUCGCCAGCCGCGUGGUGGUCAAGGAGAAUUGCAGCUACACGGUCCAUCCUGAGAAUGAAGAGUGGACGUGCUUUGAGCAAUCCGCCUCACUUGACAUCCGGUCCUUUUUUGGCUUCGAAAGUGCCUUAGAAAAGAUUGCCAUGAAGCAAUACACAGCCAACGUCAAGAAGGGGAAGGAGGUGAUCGAGCAUUACCUGAACGAGCUCAUCUCCCAGGGCACCUCUCACAUUCCCCGGUGGACGCCUGCCCCAGUCCGAGAGGAAGACACCCACUCCCAGACUAGGCUGAAGGAUCCCUGCUUCCUGGAGGUUGGCAGGUCUGGUGGUGCUCAGAAUCCUGUUCCAGAGACAGUUGGUGCUGAUGGGGACAAGCUGGAUGCAGACUACAUCGAGAGGUGCCUGGGUCAUCUCACGCCCAUGCAGGAGAGCUGCCUGAUCCAGCUGCGGCACUGGCUGCAGGAGACCCACAAAGGCAAGAUUCCCAAAGAUGAGCACAUCCUUCGGUUCCUGCGGGCUCGUGACUUCCACCUGGACAGGGCCCGGGAGAUGCUGUGCCAGUCCUUGAGCUGGCGAAAGCAGCACCAGGUGGACCUCCUCCUUCAGACCUGGCGACCCCCUGCCCUUCUGGAGGAGUUCUAUGCAGGGGGCUGGCACUACCAGGACAUAGAUGGCCGGCCCCUCUACGUCCUUCGUCUGGGCCACAUGGACACCAAGGGCUUGAUGAAGGCGGUGGGGGAGGAGGUGCUGCUGCAGCACGUUCUUUCCGUCAACGAGGAAGGACAGAAGCGGUGUGAAGGGAACACAAAGCAGUUUGGCCGUCCCAUCAGCUCCUGGACCUGCCUGGUGGACCUGGAGGGUCUCAGCCUGCGGCAUCUGUGGCGGCCGGGGGUGAAGGCUCUACUGCGUAUGAUAGAGGUGGUGGAGGACAACUACCCAGAGACCCUGGGCCGGCUGCUCAUCGUGCGAGCCCCACGCGUCUUCCCCGUGCUCUGGACGCUGAUCAGCCCCUUCAUCAACGAGAACACCAGGCAGAAGUUCCUCAUCUACAGCGGCAGCAACUACCAGGGCCCCGGAGGCCUCGUCGACUACCUGGACAAAGAAGUGAUCCCCGACUUCCUCGGGGGAGAGUGCCUGUGUAAUGUCCCUGAAGGAGGGCUGGUCCCCAAGUCCCUCUAUCUGACAGAAGAGGACCAGGAGCACGAAGAUCAGCUACGGCAGUGGAGAGAGACCUACCAGUCAGCCAGUGUGCACCGCGGGGCCCCCCACGAGGUUGCAGUGGAGAUUCUGGACAGGGAGUCAGUCAUCACCUGGGACUUUGACAUCCUUCGAGGGGAUGUGGUGUUCAGUCUGUAUCACACCAAGCAGGCACCCAAGUCAGGCCCCCGGGAGCCUGGGGCCAGGGCCUGCGGGCAGCUGACAGACGAAGGCUGGGCCCUGGACGCAGAUUACAGCCGGGUGGAGGACCCCCUCGUCUGCCGGGAAGGGGAGAGCAUCCAGGGCUCCCACGUGACCCGGUGGCCUGGUGUCUACUUGCUCCAGUGGCAAAUGCACAGCCCCCCUGGCCAUGCGGCCUGCAGCCUCCCGGGCAUGGAGGAUGUCCUGAUGGCCCUGCACAGCCCUGGCCCCAGGUGCAAACUCCUCUACUACUACGAGGUGCUGGCGUCUGAGGACUUCAGGGGUUCCAUGUCCAGCCUGGAAUCCUGCACCAGCCGCUUCUCCCAGCUCAGCGCUGCCACCUCCUCCUCCUCCAGCCAGUCCCACAGCAGCUCCCUGAUCUCCAGAUAGUCAUGACGGAGCCCUGCAGGGCAGCACGACUCCCACAUCUGCAAGUGUCCACGAGGCCUGGGACCAUGUGGGCUGCAGCCGCGGGCCUGGACACUGACAAAGUCGGGGUGUCUGGAGCUCCAUGGGCUCUUCAGGUUGUGAGGACAGGAUCAUCUCCUACGGGCUUCGCAUAAUGAAAAGCCAAGGGGUAGGCUGACCACCUGCAGGUCUGGGGGCUCAAGGAUGGCAUCAGGUUCCAUGCCCUCCUCUACCUCUGGCUCUGCUUCCCUGGGGUGGCCUCCUUCUCAGGGGCCUUCCCUGUACAAGGGACCCCAUCACCAUUAGGCUCCCUCCCUCCCCCCAGCUCAGCUGCAGAAGAGAAUCUUGUCUCCCCACAAAGUUCCAUCCAACCUCCUAGGAAUGUAAUCUUAUCAGCCUGCUUUGUUCCCAUCUGGUCCCUGAACCAAUGAUGGCUGCCAGGGGAAUGGAGAACACUGACAGGCUGGCAGGGCCCUCUGUCCAAUCUGGACCAAUCUGGACUGGGCACGAGGAAGUACAGUGAUUGGCCAGCUGGGAUCACAUGCGUACCCCUAUUGCCAACCACCUGGUCUGAAAAGCACAAGGAGGGGUGCUUCUAGGAAUACUGGAGUUCCCCCUAGAAGAAGGGGGAAAGAAUGUUGGGGAGGCAGAAAUGCUGGGUGUUCACCAUAGCAUCUAAUCCCAUAGUGAUGCCCUGGGUCUCAAGAUACGCAGGUGAGCAGUUAUAUGAGUUACAGGCUCCACUUUCUGUGGGGAGCCGCUCACCCUGCGUUUGAAAUUCAUUUUCGCAGCAAAUGGCUGGAAGGCCUAACUCUGGCCACCUCUGACUUAAAGAGGUUGGGAAGGCCCAGGGUUUCUGCUGAGUUCCAGGCAGUGAUGAAGCAGCUCUGGCUAUCUUUAUAUUCUCUGGAGGUUCCUUUCUCUCCUGGGGAUCUAUUUAAUUACGACUUUUUUGGUUGUAAGUUGCCUCCCAGUGGCUUAACCAAAAAAGGGUGACCAUUCAUGGGUGCAUGUAACUGGCCAGUCUAGGAGGGUUUACUUCAGGUAAGGCUGGAUCCAGGAUCUAAACAUGGCAUCAAGACUUCCCUGUGGGGUGUGGGCUGUAAAUUUGCUGCAGCUGCCCUGGGGCAAAUCUGACCCUCAGAACCAGCUCCAGUAUUGAAAAAAAUUUCCCUCAAGUUCCUGCAUAGGAGGGGCGUGGGUUUCCUUGGGGCCUGAGGACAUUUCUCCUUUCAUUUCCUGGGCCUCCAAAAAGGAAAUAGGUCAAAGGUCACCAAGUGGCAGCCUAAAAUUGGAUCUGGCCUGCCUUCAGUGUUUUAGUUUUGCCUAAACAAAAGAUUUAAAAAUUGGGGUAUUUCACACAGAAAUCAGCAUUUCUGGCUCCCCUUAGGUGUUUAGAAGGGUUGACAAAAUGGGGCCACAUUGUGGGUAAAGGCAACAGGGCUGCACCCCUAAAUGGGGCCACCCCAGUCCCCACCCCUCUCUAUUGACCCACCCCUAGCACACAUCACUCACUUGGAUUAUCUGCCUGGGAGGGAGGGCCCUGGAAUAGCUCCACAGUCUGGGGUGAGAGGCUCAGGUUACUCUUAUCUCGUAGCCUUGCUUACGUUGGGAUGUCUCUGGCUGACACCCAAAGUCACGGGGCCUCGCCCAGGGGCUGGGUGUACAGCCAUGGGGAUCAUCACCUCCAUGCAGGCUCGGCAUGACAGGACAAGGAGAGCAAGGACUUACUUCCGUGCCACUCUCAACCCCAAACCUAGGGCAGAGGGAAGGAGCUGUCCUCAAAGAUCCCCUUCUCCCUGCAGGGAGGGAGCCUCGCCCAUCUAUGGGGUUUUCAGUUCACUUCUCAGGUAUGGAAACAAAAUCCAAAACUCUGCAUCCUGCAUCAAGGGGUGUGUGCACAUGCAUGAGGGAGAGAGAGGGGGGAAGGUUUGAGACAUUCCCAAAACUAAUUGCUCCCAUGUCACCAGGCAUUUAUCACCAAGAGCAAUUUGUGAUAUUUUCCAACUGUCUUUAGAUGAAUUUCUAGCUUGUCUCUACAAACUAGAAGCACUUUGGGGGGAAGCUGUCCUGGCACUCCCUGCACACUUAGUGUCUAGGACUAGCACCCAGUGAAUCCUGCAGAGGCCUUUCCUUGGCUUGGGAUUAUAAGUGGCUUUUGACAACUGGAACCUGGAUCUGCCGAUUCCAGAGAAGAGGGUCUGCCAUUGGCAGUCCAGCCUUAACAGCAGCAAAGAGGCCCCUCCUUUUGAGAGCUUGCUCUCCCCCUCUCCCUUGGGAAAACUCUAGCUGAAAUAGACUUAAGCAACAAAGGGAGUCCCUUUGCUCCUGUAGCUGGAAUGACCAAGGGUGAGUCCUGCUCCAGGUAUGGCUGGAUCCAGAGUCCAGUGUCCUCAGGCUCAUGUGGUCAACCUCAACUUCACCUGGGCUUCUUGGCCCCGUGUCCUUUUGCAUGCUGGCCUUGUCCUCUCCACCUGGAGGGAAAGGUGGCUGCCGGCAUCUCCUAGCCUACAACCACGGGGCUCUCAUUCUCUAAGGCAGGAAGAGACUCUUUCCAUCUCAAAUCCCAGGGAAGGCUCUGACUGGCCCUGCACAAGUCACGUGCUCACUCUCAUGCCAGUGGCCUUGUGAUUGACAUUCCCUCCAGAAGCACCAGGGGGAUGGGGGAGAGCCAGUCGCCCAGUGGACAGAGGGAGCUGGCCACAGGAGCAACAGAGAGCCACAGCGAUAUCUGCUAUGGUUCUCCUCCUGUGCCAGAGGUCUCUGGGGCCCACACUGGAGUACGUCAAUCAGUAGCCAUUCUUACCUUCAGGAGGCUUGGGAUUAAAAACCCAAGGAAGGACAGCUGAGCUCUUGGCUUCUAAAUUCCCCUAGACCCCAGGGGUGGAAGCUCCUUGGCUUGGCUUCUUUCUUCAUUUUGUUCAUUAACCUACUGUGGCCAGGACAGAAACGACCCACUAGCAAUAGGACCUGCCCAGGCACUUUAGGAGCCUGGGUCUUAAAAUUUAGACAAGGUGAGGUUUGAGCCCCAGCCAUUUUCUCACUAGCUGUGUGACCUCCAGCAGGUGACUUAACCUCUCUGUGCCUCAAUAUCCUCAUCUGUAAAAUGGGGAUAGCAGUGCCUACCUCAUUCACUGGGUUGUAGUGGGAUGAAAUGAAAGGGGCUGUAAAGUCCUCAGCCCAACGCCUGGCACACAGAAAGCACUUGAUGUAAGUCAGUGGUUAUUCUGAUUGUUUAAUGCUUCUCAUCCAAAGACUCCAGACUCCUUCCUGAGGAUGCCCGUCACUGUUUCACAUGGGACAGAAGGCCUAGCACUGCGUGUAUCUGGAGAAAAGUCGGGGUGGGGAUAUUAAUUCCUCCUGACUUACCCUUUUUAGAAACUGUGUUUUCUGGGCAGAUCCACUCACCUGGAAGAGCAUAAUUCCGAGUGGUAUUUCCCUCAACCAGCUGCAGAAUGUUCUCCCCACAAGAUGAAGUAAGGGGAGUUUGAGACUUUUUUUUCCUAUCCUGUGUCUGGAAUUUCUCCCCCUGUAAAAUGAAUUGGUCAGUCUGUUUCAGCCAUGAAAACACGACACUUCUUGUUCACCUGACUGUUUGCUCCAACCAGGACCAUUAAACGUUUUAGAUUUGGAUA